AUGGAACCUUUUGAUCCGUUCCAUCCAUACAAUCAUGAUAUCGAUGAGGAUGAUAUGUUCGUGGGUAUGAUGUAUCAAUAUGUUACCGACAUGAUACCGUCAGAGCCAGCUCCACUACUGACCAGACGUGCGGCGUUGAACAGAGAUCGUGAAGAGGGGCAUAGACGUCUAGUACACGAUUAUUUUGCGGAUAAUUGUGUCUACCAACCAAAUGAUUUCAAAAGAAGGUUUCGCUUGCGGAAAAAUAAAAUUAUUAAAAAGUUGUUCGACGUAAACGUUCUUGGUCGGUCACCAACUGAGCUUAUGGCUUUGGGGGAAUCGCCCGAUUCUAUUGAUGACUAUAUGAGAAUGUCAGAGCGAACUGCACGAGAAAGUCUGUAUAGAUUGGCGAGAGGUGUUAUCAAAACCUUUGGCGACAAAUACUUCAGCAAACCUUCAUUGAAUGAAAUACAACAAUUAUAUACGGCGCAUGAAGAACGACAUGGUUUCCGGGAAUGCUUGGAAGCAUUGAUUGCACAAAGUGGAUAUAGAGAAAUUGUUCUGUGGCGUAGAAAAGUCAAUACACAAGUGGACCUUUUAACAGGAAAGGCACAGGAUGCUCCUUUCACAAUAAAUGGCCAUGUGUAUAAGUUCGGGUAUUACCUCACGGAUGGAAUAUAUCCAACAUAUUCCACGUUUGUGAAGGCGUUUCGACACCCGAUAGAACCAAGAGAUAAAUUUUUCAAGAGAAGACAAGAAAGAGCACGUAAGGACGUGGAACAUAAAGGAAGAAACAUUGCGGAGUAUUCACCUAUGGAACCUGGACACAUUCAAUUUCAAUCAAUGACAGCAGAAUACUUACAUAGAGUCGUUGAUAUCCAAGAUCAACGAAAACACAAACAACUUCGAGAAGACUUGGCAGAUCAUAUCUAUGAUGGCAGUGAAGUUGAGUAA